GGAGGGACAGGCCUGGGUUCAGGUCAGAAGUGGCCGCCCCUGGGCUCGCACCUCCGAGCUCCUGCCACCCGUGGCCUCGCCCUGGGUCCCCGUCCUUCUCCCUGCGGAUCCUGCCUGGCGCUGGCCGACCCUGCCUCAAUUAAUUUCAGAAACUGUCACCAGUAUUGCUUUAGAAGAUUGCCCUGAGCAUGACUUUCCCUUUGAUCCUGAUGUUAUAUAUGAUUCUUGGCACCUUCACAUAUUUCUAAUAAUAAAUAAAAUUAUUACAUCCCUUGUGAUGCUAACAUUUGAAGACCUGGCUGUUUACUUUACCUGGGAGGAAUGGCAGAACAUGAACAAAGCUCAGAAAAUUCUAUACAGGGAUGUGAUGUUGGAGACCUACAGCAGCCUGCUCUCCUUGGGGCACUGCAUUACCAAACCUGAUUUGAUCUUUAAGUUGGAGCAAGAAGCAGAGCCAUGGAUGGUGAAUGAGUGCCUAAAUCAGAGCCUUCCAGUUGCCAUGAAAAGUGAUGACAUAAUUAGGACCAACAAGAAAAUUCAAGAAAAAAAAUUUAAUAACAUGGCAGAGAAACCUUAUGAAUGUAAUGACUGUGACAAAGCCUUUGGCUCUAAGUCAGCACUCAUGAAAUAUCAGAGAAUUCACACAGGAGAGAAACCAUAUGAAUGUAAUGUCUGUGGAAAAGCUUUUGGCCAAAAGUCACAUCUCACAGUGCAUCAGAGAAUUCACACAGGAGAGAAACCUUAUGAAUGUAAGGACUGUGGAAAAGUCUUUGGCUAUAAGUCACUACUCAUAACCCAUCAGAGGAUACACACAGGAGAGAAACCUUAUGAAUGCAAUGCCUGUGGAAAAGCCUUCGCCCGUAAGUCACAACUCAUGUCACAUCAGAAAAUUCACAUGGCAGAGAAACCUUAUGAAUGUAAUGACUGUGACAAAGCCUUUUGCUCUAAGUCAGCACUCAUGAAACAUCAGAGAAUUCACACAGGAGAGAAACCUUAUGAAUGUAAUGCCUGUGGAAAAGCCUUUGGCUGGAUGUCAGCACUCAUCGAACAUCAGAGAAUUCACACAGGGGAGAAACCUUAUGAAUGUAAUGACUGUGGAAAAACCUUCAACCGUAAGUCACAUCUCAUAAGUCAUCAGAGAAUUCACACAGGAGAGAAACCUUAUGAAUGCAAUGGCUGUGGAAAAGCCUUUGGCCAGAAGUCAUAUCUCAGAGUGCAUCAGAGAAUUCACACACGGGACAAAGCUUAUGAAUGUAAUGACUGUGGGAUAGCUUUUGGCUUGAAGUCAGACCUCAUCAAACAUCAGAGAAUUCACACAGGAGAGAAACCUUAUAAAUGUAAGGACUGUGGAAAAGUCUUUGGCUAUAAGUCACUACUCAUAACCCAUCAGAGGAUACACACAGGAGAGAAACCUUAUGAAUGCAAUGCCUGUGGAAAAGCCUUCGCCCGUAAGUCACAACUCAUGUCACAUCAGAAAAUUCACAUGGCAGAGAAACCUUAUAAAUGUAAGGACUGUAGAAAAGCCUUUGGCUAUAAGUCACAACUCAUGACCCAUCAGAGAAUUCACACAGGAGAGAAACCUUAUAAAUGUAAUGCCUGUGGAAAAGCCUUUGGCUCAAAGUCACAACUCAUAAUACAUCAGAGAAUUCACACAGGGGAGAAACCUUAUGAAUGUAAUGACUGUGGAAAAGCUUUUGGCCAGAAGUCAAAUCUCAUAAGUCAUCAGAGAAUUCACACAGGAGAGAAACCUUAUGAAUGUAAUGACUGUGGAAAAGUCUUCAGCCAUAAGUCAGAACUCAUAGCCCAUCAGAGAAUUCACACAGGGGAGAAACCUUAUAAAUGCAAUGACUGUGGAAAAGCCUUUUCCAAGAAGUCACAUCUUGUAAUCCAUCAGAAAAUUCACACAGGAGAGAAAUCUUAUGAAUGCAAUGCCUGUGGAAAAGCCUUUGCCCAGAAGUCACAUCUCAUAAUUCAUCAAAGAAUUCACACAGGGGAGAAACCUUAUGAGUGUAAUGACUGUGGAAAAGCCUUCAGCCUUAAAUCACAUCUCAUGAUCCAUCAGAGAAUUCACACAGGGGAGAAACCUUAUGAAUGUAAAGACUGUAGAAAAGCCUUUGGGCAAAAGUCACAUCUCAAGGUCCAUCAGAGAAUUCACACAGGGGAGAAACCUUAUGAAUGUAAUGUCUGUGGAAAAGCCUUUGGCUCAAAGUCACAACUCAUAAUACAUCAGAGAAUUCACUCAGGGUAGAAUCCUUAUGAAUGUAAUAACUGUGAAAGAGUCUUCAGAUAUAAGUCACAGCUCAUAAUCUAUAAGAGAAUUCACACAGAAGAGAUGCCUUAUGUAUGCAUUCCCUGUAGAAAAUUCUUUCUGAAACAGCAGAGAAUUCACACAAUGAAGGAAGCUUAUGAAUGUAAUGACUGUGGGAAAACCUUUGGCCAGAAGUCACAACUUAUAAUACAGCAGAGAAUUCACACAGGUGGCCAUGGGUUUAUCAUAAGUUGCCUUGAUUGUGUUGAGAAAUGCUCCUUUUAUACUCAUUUUAAAGAUUUUUACCAACAAAGGGUGUUGUAUUUUUUCAAAUGCUUUCUCUGAAUCAA